AUGGAAUCAAUUAAAAAUUUUCGAGUGAUAAAAAAUCUUAAGAUUUUCAUUAAAAUGUUGGCAUUGGUUCAUUUGGUUAAUGAGAAGAUUUUCGAAAUAUAUCCAUGCUCAGGACCGUCUAUGCUUCCUACGUUGAAUGUCUAUGGUGAUUUUUUAGGUGUUGAUAAGUGGAAUGGAAAGAAUGGAAGAGGUUGCCAAGUUGGAGAUAUUAUUGUUGCAAUUAAACCAGGUACGACAAAUGUUCGAAUUGCUAAACGAAUUAUUGGAAUGCCGGGGGAUAUUGUUUCUAAAGAUCCUUUGGUUAAUAGUCCAGAAUUUAUUAAAGUUCCAGAAGGACAUGUAUGGAUAACGGGAGAUAAUUUGACACAUUCUUUAGAUAGUCGAAACUAUGGACCUCUUCCUAUGGCAUUAAUUAAAGGAAAAGUUGUUUGCAGAGUUCUUCCGAGUUUUAAAUGGCUUAAUAAUGGACUUUCUUCGUCUUCGAAAGUUGCCAAUUAA